CAGAUGCAUAGAAAACCACAAUUCCACAGCCCUUCUUAUCAUCCAUGUUUCCUCCUCUGCAAUAACAAAAGGGAGCUCUGGUAGAAUGCAGGAACAAGUAGCAAUAAUCAUCGGAGCUGGCCCAUCUGGGCUUGCCACGGCGGCGUGCUUCAGCCGCCUAUCAAUCCCAUACAUAAUACUCGAGAGAGAAGAUUGUUUCGCUUCUCUCUGGAAGAAAUAUGCCUACGACCGUCUCCAGCUCCACCUUAGAAAGCAAUUCUGUGAACUCCCCCACAUGCCAUUCCCGGCGUCUUUUCCGACGUACGUACCAAAAAGCAUGUUCAUCCAAUACUUAGACGACUAUGUCUCCCAUUUCAACAUUAAUCCCCUGCACAGGAGGACCGUUGAGUCCACAGAGUACGAUGAGGUCUCCAAGACAUGGCAAGUGAAGGCAAGAAAUGCAGGCUCCGGUGAGGUUGAGGAUUAUCGCGGGAAGUUUUUGGUGGUGGCGACCGGGGAAGCCACAGAUCCUUAUACGCCGGAGAUUGAGGGAUUGGACACUUUCUCCGGUGAGAUUCUUCAUUCUACUCAGUUCAAAUCUGGGAAGGAGUUCAACGGCAAGAAGGUUUUGGUUGUUGGGUCUGGGAAUUCUGGAAUGGAAAUCGCCUUGGACCUUGUCAAUCAUGGUGCCAACACUUACAUUAUUGUUCGAAGCCCUGUUCAUUUUCUGUCAAGGGAGAUGAUAUACAUGGGGUUAGUUUUAUUGAAGCGAUUUGAGGUAGGCACGGUGGACUCGUUGAUGGUGAUGAUGAGCAAGGUGGUUUAUGGGGAUCUGAGCAAGUAUGGAAUAAGAAGGCCUAGUGAGGGUCCUUUCUAUAUGAAGGAUAAGUACGGCAAGUAUCCGGUGGCCGACGUCGGAGCCUAUGAAAAGAUCAAGGCCGGAGAAAUUCAGGUGAUACCAGCAGAAAUAGCAAGCAUGAGUGGGAAGGAGCUACUUUUCGAGGACGGCAAGUCACGUUCAUUUGACACAAUUGUUUUCUGUACCGGUUUCAAGAGGUCUACGAGCUUGUGGCUCAAGGGAGAUGAUUAUCUUUUGAACGAGGACGGGCUUCCAAAGCCAAGUUACCCUAAUCAUUGGAAGGGAAAGAAAGGGUUAUACUGCGUCGGAUUUGCAAGAAAAGGGAUUUAUGGAGCUAGCACUGAUGCACAAAAUAUAGCUGAUCAUAUCAAGUCUCUCUUGUAAAAAAAUGUCAUGUUCCGCAUAAAAUUCUGAAAUAAACUUUUUUAUUUUCAGUGAAUUGUCUUUGUGGACGAUGAGGCUAAUAAUACUCAUUAUGCUCUAAAGAAUUUUAUUAA